CACGCUCCUGCCCAUUUUAGUAGCAGAGGCGGAGGAAGAGGAGCUGCUUUACUCGUUGUCUCUAGAACACUAGUACUACUACCUCCUCCUUUCCCACGAUGCACCUCCCUCGCCGGAAAUCGCCGCUUGGCACGCCGGCGGAUCCCUCGCUGACGGUGGCGAAGCUAGUCGGGUCGUACACGAGGAAAGGGAGCAACUUUUCCAUCUACGCCCUUGUCCUCGCCAUCUUCCUCUUCGCCCUGGUCAUGUACAGCGAGGACCUCAGGGCCAUGGCUGAGCGGUCGAUGUCGCCUUACAAAUCCCAGGAGGAUGCGCCCGUGGACUUCCCCGGAGGAUCCCUCUCCCAGCGGCUGCCGGACACGCUGGAAAUCGCUGUCGCGAGCGCGACCGAUUCGGCGGCCGUGCCGGAGACGUGCGACCUCGCGCGCGGCGAGUGGGUUUUCGACGAUGUAGGUUUCCCGAUGUACCGGGAGGAGCAGUGCCAGUACCUGUCGCAGCAGAUGUCGUGCUCGCGGAAUGGCCGCCCGGAGGCGAUGUACCAGAAGUGGAGAUGGCAGCCGGCCGGGUGCUCUUUGCCUAAAUUCGACGCGAGUUUGGUGCUAGAGUGGCUACGGGGGAAGCGGAUGGUGUUCAUCGGCGACUCUAUGAAUCGAAAUCAGUGGGAGUCCUUUGUCUGCCUGAUGCAGACCGUGGUGCCGCCGGAAGGGAGGGAUCGCCGGGUCGAAGGCUCCCGAAUCAUCUUCACAAUAAAGGAACACAACGCAUCUAUCGAGUUCUACUGGGCGCCGUUCCUGGUGGAGUCGAACUCCGACGACCCCAACAUUCACAGCAUCCCGGUCCGGAUCAUCAACCCCGAUGCCAUCGAGAAGCACGCCGUCCACUGGGAGGGAGCGGAUGUCCUGGUCUUCAACACCUACAUCUGGUGGAUGAACACCUUCGAGAUGCGAGUCCUGCGUCCAGGGGCACGGAAUUGGACCGAGCACGAUAUGGUCGUGAGAUAUCAAGCGUAUGACAGAGUUCUGAGGACGUUGACAAGUUGGCUGGAUCGCAACGUCGACCCCAUUAAAACGACCGUCUUCUUCAUGAGCAUGUCUCCUAUCCACAGCAAGAGCUCGGACUGGGGCAAUCCGGCGGGAAUCAAGUGCGCCAAAGAGACGCUACCGAUCACCAACAUGACCGGCAUCUCCGUGGGCACUGACAUAAACAUAUUUGCUCUGGCGAAGAAGGCGCUGGGUUCGCCUGCGCUCCGCGUGCCUGUCACUUUCGUGGACAUCACGACCAUGUCGGAACGGCGCAAGGACGCGCACACAUCCGUGUUCACGGUGCGGCGAGGGGCACUGCUGACGCCGGAGCAGCAGGCGAAGCCUGGAGAGUUCGCCGACUGCAUCCACUGGUGCCUCCCCGGUGUGCCGGAUACCUGGAACCAACUCCUCUUCGUCCACCUCCUCUCCGGCCGCCGCAGCCGCUACUAACGCGUUGACACACAAACUUCCUCACUUUACGAAAUUUAUUUUUAUUUUGAAACGAGAAAAAAAAGGGUUUUUUCUUCGUUUUAUAAAAUUAUUAAUUUACUGGGGAAAUGCCAAAAUUAACCUUAUUUAGCACACUGGAUUAGCGACCUGUAAUAGUCGAAUAAUAAUAGGGAAAAAAAGUUGUAAUGAUGCGUGCAAUAGUUCAAUGGUUGGAUUCCUAGUACGUUCGUGGUUAUCA